GUGCUGUUUGAGGACAAGAAAUACGAUGCUUGCAUCGAACUAUGCAUGAAGGCAGUCGAAAUAGGCCGUGAGCAGCGAGCUGAUUACACGCAUAUCGCCAAGGCUUUUGCACGAAUUGGCAAUGCUUAUGUGAAAUUGGACAAUCUGAAGGAGGCGCUCACUUAUUUCGACAAAUCGCUCUCGGAACAUCGGGACCCGGAGCUGGUGAAAAAAAGGAAGAUGUUGGAGAAGGAGUUGAAAGAAAAAGAAAGGUUGGCUUACAUCAAUCCGGAGAUUGCCGAGAAAGAGAAAAUCAAAGGGAACGAAUUUUUCAAACGAGGUUAG